AUGGAUCAAACCUUUGACAUACCGGACUCAACGGACUGGUUAACAACACCAGUAUCUGGCGUCGCCUCGGUCGAAUCUGCGCUGCGCUGUCAAGUCUGCAAAGACUUCUUCGACACCCCCGUGAUCACCUCCUGCUCGCACACGUUUUGCUCGCUUUGCAUCCGGCGAUGCCUCAGCGCAGAAGGCACAUGCCCAGCCUGCCGGCGUCAGGACCAGGAGCUCAAGCUCCGGCGCAACUGGACAGUUCAAGAACUGGUCGAUAGCUUUCAAAAGGUCCGAAAAGACCUGCUGAACCUCGCGCGAGAGAGCGCUGUACGGCACGCAGAAGAUAUCGACACGUUACAACCGUUGGCUAAAAAGCGACGGCUGGAUAAUACCACAGAUGAACAUGGCUCAUCACACCCAGAACUGAGAAGAACAAGGUCGCGGGUAAAGGCUGUUGCGGUGGAACCGACGCAAAUACCUGUUGAUGAAGAUCCGCAAGACGAUGAUUUUGUGCCGGACGAUGGUCUCGUAGCUUGUCCUAUGUGCAACCGUCGGAUGAAGGAAGCAAUUGUGUUUAGUCAUUUGGACAUCUGCAAAGGACCGGCACAACGAAGCAGGGAGUCGCGCACUGCACGCACCCCUCAAUAUCCCCCCCAGAGCCAUCACAUCCAGCAACAACAAAAUACGAAACCACCAGAGCGUCUACCCGCUAUAAACUACUCGCUGCUCAAAGAGGUUGCAUUCCGCAAAAAAUUGAAAGACCUAGGCAUACCAGACUGGGGCCCGCGACCUCUGCUACAAAGACGCCAUACGGAAUGGAUGAAUCUGUGGAACGCAAACUGCGACGCCAAACUCCCCAAAUCAAAAAGAGAACUACUCCGAGACUUAGAGAUAUGGGAAAGAACACAAGGCGGCAUGGCGCCGAGCCUGGGUCCUCCAUCGGGGCCAAAUGCCAUCAUGGCCAAGAGUUUUGAUGCAGGCGCGUGGUCGACAAGCCACGGCGAUGACUUUCGGCGGCUGAUCGAGGAUGCUAGGAAAAAGAAGGAUAUGCAAAUUCGCGCCAAGGAACCAGAAGUCACUGCCCAGGAGUCGGGAAACCAACCCAUUCAUGUCGAACAGCCCAUUGGUAUCGAACAACCCAUUAGCGCCAAUAUUUCAAGCAGUAUCACCCAAGUCGAAGUCAGCACAGCUGCAUUUCCUGAAGUACCUAUAGACCUCGGAAACCCUAUAGAACUCAAUAAUGGGCUACCAAAUAGCGAAAAAACAAAUCAAGCUGAAACAAGCACGGCUGAAGUACAAAACGACGCCGGGGGAAUGAUAUUUGAUCCAGCCUUUGCACCGUUUAGGUGGCAUUAG